UCUUGAUAAAGGAAACAAGCACACCACAAGCCACCAUGUUUAAAACAGGAGUUUUUCUUUCGGUAAUAUUCGCCGUUAUAUUUAGAGCCAAUAGUUUACAAUGUUACGUUUGUUACGACUGUGAACAGUUGAGUGAUGAUUACCUAACAUCCUGCGAUUCGUUGCUGUCUACAACUACUACUAGUACUAGUACUACUAGUACCACGCAACCUACAUCUACUAGUACCUCAACGAGUACCUCAACAAGUACAACGUCUUCGUCUACCGCCAAUAGUACCGAAUCAACUACUUCAAAUUCUACUACUACUACCGAAGCAACUAAUUCAAGUUCCGAAUCUACUACAACACCUACUACGAAUACAACGACGACAACUGGAGCUCCUCAACUGGAAGUCUCAAAUUUUGCAGAAACAGCAAAUACAACGUGGGAGUGUGUCAAGGGAACUAUUUCAGUCAACGGCUCCGACGUGAUCGUCCGCGGCUGCGCAGCGGGCCGUACCAACGAAACAUGCGACUUGUUCGGGCUGACCUCCUGCUCCUUCUGUUCUUCGGACAAAUGCAACGCGGCUGGCUCUAUACAUGCGUCGGCUGCUGUUUUAGCUGUAGCAAUUUCCGCGUAUAUAGUUAAGGGCUUUUCGAGCCAAAUAGUCCAACGUAUAACGUCAACAUGGAGAAAUCCUUGUGUUUGUUUCUUUUUUUGUGUAGUGCUUUAUUGGAAGGUCAUGCAAUGUUUAGAAUGCUACAUCUGCGAUAACUGCCCGAAAGCCAAACUAGAUGAAAUACAGACUUGUGGGCCUACUACAAUUACUAAGCCAUCGACUACGACAACGGAAUCUCCAGCCACCACAACAGUUACGACAAAACUUUCAACCACUUCUGCAUCAACCACACUUAAAUUUACAACAGAAGCUAUAUCGGAAUUUACAACUAUUUCCUCAAAAAUUCCUACAGAAGCUAUAACUACGUCCACGACGACGACAGAAGCUGCUACUACGACAGAAAUAAGACCUACUUCCACAGAAUCCACUACUUCAACAGUAGAAUUAUCAACAGCUGCGUUGAUACCUACGAAUACUCCAAUGAUAAUCCCCGCAGAUGAUAUAACCUCUUCUACAGUCACAACAAUAACCAUUUCUGAUUUUCCAAGCACCGCCACAGAAUUUCAACAAAUCACAACACCCACAGAGGCUUCAAUCUCGUCAGCGUUACUGACUAAACCAAACAUAACAGACGCUACGACACGUUCUACAACGACUAUGGAACCUACAAUACUUAAAGAAUCAAUAUCGGAGCCCGUAAUCAGUACCAUAACAACGAAAGAAGAUUCUGAUCCAACAGACAGCACAGUUUCAUUUAUUUCUACGUUACCUACCACAACGGCAGUGCCUUUUGCAACUUUUCCUGUGACAAAACCUACAAUACAGACGUUUUCAAAAUUACCUAUGUUAACCGAACAGAACAUGGAAUCUACAAUACAAAAUAUUCCAGCACUGUCAUUGGCACAACCUAUAAGCACAUUCACCAAAUCUGCACCAAAUAUAUCUACUAUAGAUGCUGCAAUUUCUCAGGAGUCUACAGUAAAUAAUAUAAAACCUGACAAAGAAGCAAACGUGCCAUACAGUUCUAGGAGAAUGAGGUCCUCAUCCGAAGCUUGUGCUUGCAAAAGCGGAGAAAAAUGUGACUGUUUGACCCAUCAAAGAACGAAAAGAUACACUUUGAGAGGACUGGGCCUGUCGAAGGAAGCUGUCAAGUACGUUUGCUUCGUGGAUAAAUAUAAAGUAAAUGAGACGGAGAUCGUGAAAAGAGGAUGUGCCAUCAAGGAAGCAGACGAAAAAACUUUGUGCACGAAGUUGGGCUUCGGAGGUGACUGUAAGAUCUGCGACACCCAUCAGUGCAACGGUGCUACCGUCAUACAAGCUUCUAUAUUGUUAAUGUUUAGUCUAAUCUUCAUUUGAUAAGAUUUUUUUUUAUGUUCUGCUGCUACAAUAAAUGCUAUUUAUUUAUUU